AUGGGUCUGAUCUCAGCCCUGCGUAGCUUCACGGAGUUUACAGCGGCUCCGUUGCUAGCUUCCUGGUCUGACCGCAUUGGCCGGCGGCGCGUGAUCUUGGCCUCUGCUCUUGCCUUCACACUGGAAGCGACGCUUAUGGCGGUCUCCUCUGGGCUAGUCAUGAUGGGAGCGGCGCACGUCACUUUCGGCCUCUUCGCUUCGGGAGGAGCUGUUGAGACAAGCUGCAUCGCGGACACCACGCCAGCGGGCCCAAAGCGUGCUGUGGCAGUUGGGCGCUUCUUCACGGUCAUCGGCGCAGCCCUGGUUCUUGGGCCCGCCCUGGGUGGAGCAUUGCUCGCCCGCGUUGGAGGUGCGGCGCCUUUUGCCUGUGCAGCUAGCCUGGGUUUGGCGGCGCUGAUAGCGACAGCCGUUGCGCUUCCUGAGUACCUCCCUCCUUCAAAGAGGGCCCCCAAGGGGUCGGCGCCGAUGCUCCCCGCAGCUGGAGUUUUCCUGCUGCUGUCCAGAACACCCCCGCUACGGUGGUAUGCAGCUGCUUCAGGCCUCUUCAGUCUAGGCAUGGCGCUGUAUGGCACAGUCAACGUCCUCUGGCUGAAGGAGGCAUUCGGCUGGGAUGGUCAGGAUGUUGGCCACUUCCUCUCAGCCGUUGGGGCAGCAGUGAUAACGUCCCAGGUCUUAGUGCUGCCUGGCGUUCUGCGCAUCUCAAAGGGCCGCGAGUCCUUGGUGGUGCAAGGCGCUAUGAUGGUCCAUGCCUUCAAGUUCAUUGGCUAUGCUUGGGCGCCGAGCGGCAAGUGGGUCUACUUGGUCCUUGCACUUUCCACUCCCACAUUCUGCGCUGCCCCUGUUCUCUCGAGCUGCCGGCCUCAGUUUGCGCUUGGUUUGGCGCUUGGCGUUUCCAAAAUAAUGAGGCCAUGUCUGGCAUCGUUAGGCCUCGCAGUAAAGUCAUACUAA